AUGCUUCUCGCCCAGUACGACUCGUCCGACGAUGAGGCCGGGCCCUCCAACGCCCCCGUACAGAAGGUCGAGGACACGGACGAGACCGACGAGCAGAUCGAGCAGCAGGUGCAGACCGAUGCGUUCGGCAUCGCGACCUCGGGCCCGUCCAAGGUGGCCAAGGUGGACACCAAGGUGUCUGUUGCCGCGGCCCCGGACGUACUGAAGGAGGAUCCGAACGACAUGGCGAAUGCCCUCAUCACGCGGUCAACGGACAAGGUCAUCAACGUCAACAUCAGCUACGACGACAUGACGCGCCCGGUGCAAGGACCAGUGGACCCGUUCAACGCGCGCAAGAAUGAGGGUAUGAACGCAAUGAACGGCCACGUCGAGGAGCAGGCUAUGGACAGCUACGAGUUUGAGCGCCAGAAGCGUACUUUUGAUGUGCAUGGGUACGCUCUCGACCCGACUGCGAACGGCGGCGGCGGCUGGAUCGGCGCGACGGAUGCAGCGGCGGCGAACGGGUUCGGCAUGAUCGACAACGUCCGCGCAACAAAUCGCCAGCGCAAGGAGAUGAAGCGCAAGCGAAAGGCGAAGGGAGAUGCGAGCAUCGUGGAUGGAGAGGGAUCGUACCUCGGCCCGUGGGCCGAUUACGAGGGCGACAAGGCUGGCGAGGAGCCGGAAGUCGAGGAGGAGACGGACGAGUGGCGCGCCGAGAAGAAGCGAAGAGAGGACCUCAAGGCGGCCGCCCAGGAGAGGAAUAAGGCUGCGCGCGAGGAGAAGUCCAUCUUCCACGGAAAGGAGCUCACCGACUACGCCGGUCGGACGUACAUGCACAUCCCGACCGAUGUCGAUGUCCGCCUCAACCCGCCGGACGACGCGCCAGCACCGAAUGCCUACGUUCCGGAGCGGUGUAUCCACACCUGGCAUGGACACAACAAGGGUGUCACUGCCAUCCGGCUGUUCCCGAAGAGCGGACAUCUGCUCCUCAGUGGAAGUAUGGACACGAAGAUCAAGCUCUGGGAUGUGUACCACGAGGGCAACGUGCUGCGAACGUUCAUGGGCCACUCGCAGGCGGUCAAGGACGUCAACUACAACAACAAGGGAACGCGGUUCAUCUCGUCCUCAUUCGACCGAACAAUCAAGGUGUGGGACACGGAGACGGGCCAGUGUGUUCAGGCGUUCUCGAACGGCAAGAUUGCCAAUGUCGUCAAGUUUCAGCCGGACCCGGACAAGCAAAACAUCUUCCUUGCGGGUAUGCAGGACAAGAAGAUUAUCCAGUACGACCUGCGAUCGCAUGAGAUCGUGCAGACGUACGACCAGCACCUUGGCCCGGUGAACACGAUCACGUUCAUCGACAACAACCGGCGAUUCCUGACGACGUCGGACGACAAGACGAUUCGCGGAUGGGACUAUGACAUUCCCGUUGUCAUCAAGUACAUUGCCGAGCCGUACAUGCACUCGAUGCCUGCGGCGGCAAAGCACCCGAACGGCAAGUACGUGGCGUUCCAGUCGCUCGACAACCAGAUCCAGAUCUACGACACGAUGAACGGCAUCCGGCAGCACAAGAAGAAGCACUUUUCGGGCCACACGACGGCGGGCUAUGCGUGCGGCAUCAGCUUCUCGCCCGAUGGCAAGUACAUCUCGUCUGGCACUGGCGGCGGCGACGUUGUGUUCUGGGACUGGAAGACGGGUCGCAUCGUGAAGCGACUGAACGCGCACAAGCAGGUGGUCAUUGAUCACUGCUGGUUGCCGAAUGAACACGUAAGUGGCGCAGGCGCUUCUCCAAAGCUCCCUGCAAGAUGA